UAUAAUUUAUCCCAAUAUUAUACCCAGACAGAGAGACACAGAGAGAGAGAAGAGAGAGAGAAGAUAGUUUUGGAGUGACGUGAGUAUUGCUUCUUGGUGGGAUUCUUGUCUGGUUUGAGUCGAGAUGGACAAGUGAAUUCUUCUCCGCUUCGCUCUAGAUUUCGCUGGCUGCUGCUGCUGCUGCUUUUUUCCUGUUCGCUCUUGAUUCAUCCGUCGCCGUUUUAUCAUCCAGGUGAUUCCAGCUUGUAUAAUCCAUUCCAUCCCCAUGUUACUCUCUUGAUCUGCAGCGGAGGGUUUCGGUGAGAUUUGGCUCCUGAAGCAUGGAGGGUCUCUAUGGAACCCCGAAUGGAGAAGCAGCGGAUAAGAAUGGCCUCCAGCUGAUCAGAUACUCUGCUUACCAACCCUGCACCAAGUUGUCAUCGGCUUGGUUCGACUUGAGAGUGUUCUAUGUUCGGAUCAGUAAUUUUCAGGUUAAUGACAUGACCCCCGAAUCGCUCACUCUUAAUCACAUGCCUUUAGAUCCUGAGACUUUACUCGAAGUGAAUGGCACCAGAAGCAGCAUAUAUUCGGAUGGAGUUUCGUGCCUUCUCAGGAGGGACAGGAUUGACAAGAAAUCAGAAGAGGCCACGUUCGUGAGCACUGAUACUCUAAGGUUGACAGGGAGUGUGAAAUUUGAGGUUUUUGACAGAGAUGAUCAAAUUCUCUCAGGGGUUUUGGAGAUGUGUUCUAGUAAUGGCUCCAUGGGGGAAUCAAAAGGGAAUGCAAAGAGAUGGAGCAUGAAAUGUCAAUCCGAGAUGGCGGUUGGCAAUGGCUUCUUGAAGGGUGAACAUAACAUGGGACCGGAGUCACUGCCUCCAACUAUUGAGGUUUAUGUCACAGGAUGCUUUGCAGGAAAUCCAAUAAUUUUGACGAAUACAUUGCAGAUUAGCUUGCGGAAGAAACACGCUAGGAAAGGCAUGCUGGAUGCGAUUCCCGAGGACGAAACUACUGAAUUUCAUAAAGAUGAGUCGCCAGGACUGGACUUACAGGUUGCAGAAUACAGAAACUACAAGCCAGAAAUUGACGAGGACUACAGCAUGUACUGGCGGAGGUCGGAACUCAUGGAAUACGAAGAUGGCGAACUCUCAUGGUUCAAUGCCGGAGUGAGAGUUGGAGUUGGAAUUGGGCUUGGCAUAUGCGUUGGGGUUGGCAUAGGAGUAGGGCUGCUGGUGCGUACUUACCAAGCAACUACUGGGAACUUUAGAAGGCGGCUCAUCUAGGACAUCACCUCUCCAAGUUCUACACUACAAUCUGCAACCUGCGGACACCUCAUAGAUUCUGCCCUCCUGGCAUUCCAGUCCAAUGUGCUUUCUCUCAUUGAAGGUUUUGGCUCAAAAGUGUUUCAUUUCCAUGGUCGAGCGUGAGCAAAUUUUCGUGUGCUUUAUUUGUGGUAUCUUCUCUGUUUAGAGGGAGGCAAAGGAUGUGUAGAUUCAAUGAAUCUUGGAGGGCAGUUGAGUUGAGUUGAGUUGAGUUGAGUUGAUCUCACAGGGGGAUGCAUAUAUGUACCUGAGUGGCUCGUUAACGUGUAAAAAGGUUUCUUUCCUGGAACUUGGUAAUGUUCAGCGAUAAAAAAUCACUUUUUUUGUGCA